AUGUUCCCUAGAAACGGACCUGACCCAUCGGCAAGGUCAUGGGGUCAUCAUGAUUCAGGAAUCACGUUUGCUGCUCAGCACAAGCUGCCAAAGCUGCCGUUGCCGUCCCUUGAGUCUUCGUGUCAGAGAUACCUCGAAGCAUUGAAGCCACUGCAGGCGGCAGAGGAGCAGAAAGCCAGCGCCGCGGCGGUGCAGAACUUUCUCCAUGGAGAGGGGCCGAUACUACAGGCGCAGCUCAAGGAGUAUGACAAUAGCCACGCAAACUACUUUGAGCAUUUCUCGGCAGGCUACGAAAGUUUCUUAGGUGAUGAUUCGCCCGUGGUACUAAACUCGAACGCUUUCUGCGUGUUCCAAGAUGACCCAGAUCCGUCACGCAAUGGCCAGAUCACGCGUGCUGCAUCUCUAGUCUGCUCGGCGGUCGCCUUUUCCCAGGCGAUUCGAGAAGAUCGAUUGCCGCCAGAUGAAAUACGCGGUAUGCCCAUUUGCAUGAACCAGUACUGGUGGCUUUUCGGGGUGGCGAGAGUACCAGGCGAUGAUGGUGGCAGGAUCCGACUUGAUCCGGACGCUAGACAUAUUAUUGUCAUGUGUCGUGGACAGAUCUACCGUCUAGGUGUGUUGGAAGAGGGCUCCAGCCAGAUUAUAGACAUUUACGAUCUCGAAAAGAGUCUACAACACAUUGUCAAUGACGCACAAAAUAUUCCGGCUGCGGAUGCUUUCAAAAACUCUGUGGGUCUACUAACGACCGAGAAUCAAAAGGUGUGGUCUCGUUGCAGGGAGUCCCUUGUACAUGCGGGAUUGAAGAACGGCCCAAACUUUGCUAUCAUAGACUCCUCGCUCUUCGUACUGUGCCUGGAUGACAACUCGCCCGAAACCAUGCCGGAUGUGUGCAAGAAUAUGAUCUCUGGCACCAACGUUGUUGAAAACGGUGUCCAGGUUGGCACAUGUAUGAAUCGCUGGUAUGACAAGCUGGCUCUGAUAGUCUGCCGCAACGGAGCGGCGGGUAUGAAUUUCGAGCAUACCUGCACGGACGGGUCUGCGGACAUUCGCAUGGCGUGCGACAUCUACGAGGGCUCUAUCUCACACCCAGAACAUACCACCAACAAGAACAAUGCGCCAUCAUCAGACUCCACCGUCACCCACCAGCACGACGCAUUUGACACGGCCGCCAUCCCAGCCAGGUUGCAGAAGCUCAAUUGGGAGAUACCCUCGGAGAUUGACGCUGCCCUCCAUCUUGCAGAAGCGCACCUCAUCGACCGCAUCCAGCGGCACCAGCUUGAGACCUUGGAUUUCAGAGAAUACGGCAAAGGCUGGAUAAAGUCCGCGGGCUUUCCGCCCGACGCGUUCUUCCAAAUGGCACUUCACGCAGCUUACCACAGUGCAUACUCACAUGUCGGAAAUGGCUUCGAGCCCGUCCAGAUGAGACAAUACCUGCACGGCCGGACAGACGUGAUACGCCCUCUAACGCCCGAGGCUGCAGCAUUCGCGCGCAUCUUCAGCGAUAAAAAGGCCAGUCCAUCCGAAAAGAUUGAGGCGAUGCACCGGGCCACAGAUGCACACGUUGCCCUGUCCAAGGACUGCGCCAAGGGCCUGAGCCACCAUCGCCAUCUGUACGUGCUUCAGCAGCUGUGGAAACGGCGGCGUGCUUUCCUCGAGGCGAACGCCGUCCAGCCGAUACCAUUAGCAGGAGCUGACGCCUACAUCAACGGCGACAGCAGCAGCCCGAACCAACUUCCAACCACCACCACGACAAUCUUCACCGACCCAGGCUGGGCCCGCCUCGGCACCACCAUCCUAAUGGGCAGCAACGUGGACAAUCCAUGCCUGGGCUACGCGGGAUUCGGUCCGCCUGCCGACGAUGGGUUUACGAUCUGCUACUUCACCAGACAGGACCAGAUGGCGAUGAGUGUGUGUUGUCGGAACGGGCAGGCGAAGCGGUUGGUUGAUGCUAUCGAGCGGACUUUCCGGGAGCUUAAGACGUUGGUUGAGAGUAUGUAA